UCUGCCGUGUUGUUCAGUGGGCGGAAACAGCGAGAGAGCAGAGAGAGCUGUUCACAGCAUGGCUGAGAGAGAGAGAGAGAGGCAGCGAGUCUGAGCAGAGAGUGAGAAUUAUUCAGAUAUGAGGAGUAUGGCAAAUGAUCUGCAGAAAAACUGGUACUCCAUACUUGGUGCUGCUCCUUCUGAUGAUUUGCAAGAGCUGAAACAGAAGUACCAGAGACUGGUCCUUAUGUUUCACCCAGACAAACAGAAGCCUGGCUUGUCAGAGGAGGAGGCAGAUCUGCACCUGAAGAGGUUCAUAGAUGUGGACCAGGCGUGGAAGGUGUUAAGCAAUGAGGAGAGCAGGAAGAAGUUUGACCUGCAGCUGCGUGCACAUGAACUGAAGCAGAGAUGGCCAGUUGAUGCCUGUGUUACAGUGGAGGACAUGAACUGGGACAGUGAGAAUGAAUGUUACUCCUACAGCUGUCGCUGUGGUGGGGAGUUUCACCUAGAAAAGGAGGAAGCCGAGGACGAAGACUCUGUGGUGUGCUGUGACACGUGUUCGCUCAGUAUUGAAGUGAGGAGGUCUACGUGACGCCCUGUGUUUAUUUUACUGGACUCCUGGGAGCCAGCCUCUGAGUCCCCCAUCUCUUCAAAAGGAUAGAGCCGGGAUCACACGACAUGACCUCCAGCACCUUGAUAUCACAAUAUUGCGAUCCUUGGGGCAUUGGGACAUAGGUGCGGAUUAAGACUUUGCAUAAUAAGAUUACACGCUGGCUGAAUGAUAUCAAGGGAGGAUCCAUAUGUGGCAGGCUGCCUCUCUGUCGCCAGAUCAGUGACGGGUGGUACGGCUCACAGUGAGGGCGGGGGUCCUAAGAGGGGCUGCUGGAAAUCAAGCAGGAUUCAGAUCACGAACAAGCUGGUCAUUCGCAGCCGAGGCGCUAUCACUCGCUGCACCUCCAUUACUCCAUGCAGGGUUCCACAUAUGAGGGGUUAAAUCCCAUUGGCCUGAUUGUGUCUACCGGGAUUUUGCUACAUGCUAUUGUGAAUCUACUGAUCACAAAUAGAGUGCAGAUGCUAGAUGAGUCCCGCUGACUGAUCUUUCAAAUGCAAGGAAGCUUUCAAAGAAAUCCCUUUUGCUUUUGAGGUUUGAACGGUAGAAGUGUUGGGAUGCUUGAAUUUGCUAGCAAACAAAAGUCCCAUCAGUGCCACUGUCUUUUUAAAGGAAUGCCACUAAGAAACAUGCCAGCAUCUACAUUUGUGGAGCAGGAAUUACUGACUAGAGGACUUACAAAAGGAGCUAGAGUGAUAGUUGAUCUGAAAGGCUGAUGGAAAUGUUUUUUGUUCUUGGAAUACCUCGGAUACCGUCAUCCAACUGUGAUGCCUGCCUUUCACUCAAGAAUCCCAUUAUCCACUCCCCAUCUCAGCUCCGUAUUCUGAUAUAAUGCUCGGACAAGACAUGGACUUCUCUCUGCAUCGCAUUGGCAUCCUAGGGGAAAAGACCAAGGGCAGGGAUGCUUAGCAGAAGUUCGAGGCCCACUGCCGUGUGUGGGGAAAUUGCGGAGUCAGUCAGUGGGAUGAGAUCGAUAAACAGGGGCAGGACACGGAGCUCAGGCUGUCCUAAAUGACUGAGCGAGUACAGUGUGAGUGUGCUGGCCACUCAGACACUGUGGGAAGCUGGGGGGAGCUGUAAAAGCACAGAAGCAGGGGGUCCUGAAUUGAAAACACACCUACUAGUGUUAAACAAUGGCCUUCUCAGUAGCGAUCAAGCACAAACUUCUCCAUUUGCUAACAACGGCUUUAGUGUUGUGCAGGGAGAAGGUUAUUGUUUGCUGUGUUAACAUGUCUUUUGGACCCUCUUGGAGUUUAAGGAGGAGGGCAGGUGGACCUGGUGCUAAAAGAUACCAUGAGAUUUGGAAAGCCCACCUGAUCCAGCUGGGGAAAUUGUUUCGGAUAAAGCAGGCUUCACUGCUAAGCUACAAUCUUAUUCAUCUGAGGCAUUAACUUCUUGAUAUCUACCAAAAAGGGUCAGUAUCGCCAUAUGUGACAUACAUCCCUCCCUAAAGGAUUUCCCCAGCCUGCUAAUCCUGCUGCUUAAUAAACAUAAUAUCUUUUAUCGGUGUCGAUCGACACCCCCUUCCAUGCACCCACUCGAUGAGGGUCGUGGCCUGCGAUCACAAAAUGUGUGUCACCUGCUCAUUCUAUAUCAAAGCCCCCUGCCUCUUAUGCAAAUAUGGUGAGAUAGGGCCUUAGAUCAGCGUACCAGUCUCCCUGGUUCCAUUUCCCCCAGCGUUUGAGCUGCUGAUAGCAAUCAGCGCUAAACAAGCGUACCACAUCACAGACUCAAAUUAGCAAAACAUGGGAGGAGAGGUCCAGGCAGCUGCCAGCCAAAGAGGAUUAGAGGAGUCCCCCAGUCCCUCAGCCCCAACUCACAAAUUACAUAUGAUAAUCAAGCGACAGCUCCGCAAAUGGGAUGAAGACGGUGAUUUAGAAACACUGAUCUGUGUUAUCAGUGCCGGGUGGCAUCUUUAAAUUGGGAUGUUUUUGAUUAUUAGGGGAGAUCAUUGCAGUUUUGAUUGGUCAUUUGUUUAUGAGUUACAAUGAGCAGCGUAAUGUGAGAUCUGAGCUUUGACAAGGCCAGAAAAACCUGUGUUUAUUUAGUAACUCAAGACUGCUAGUUCUUCUGGAUUAGCAUAUCUAGUGAAUCGUGGUGUAAUGUGCAGUGUUUUGCCAUAAAGAGUAUCAAUAUACAUUGAUCGUCCUUCAUUGAAGAAGAGCUCCACUAGUUUUUCAAAGCAAGUAUAAUUCAGUUAUUACGAUGUGGAGCGGUAUGAAGAGAAAUGGUUCAUCGUAGAGAAACUUCCUGAUUGUUUUUUACGGUGGUGGUGAUAGGAGUCAGGGGUUGUGUUGUCUGUAAAACACAAUGAAGCCAUUUUGUUUACAAAAAACCACCAAUGAACCUACACGUUUUUUCUAUGUGUAAUGCUUGUGAUUCUUAAAUAGUGGCAAAUAUGGAGGGGGGAGUUCCUUUGGGAACUAUUUUGCCUUAGACCACAAUGAAUAAAAGGCUUUAAAAAAAAUGGCCAAAUCUUUAUCUCAAAACUGUCAAGUUUCCAUUGACUUUCUGGGCAAAUUG